GAAAAGUGAAGCAAAUAGGAGCCAUGGGAGAAGAAGAAGGCGAUCACCGAACGGAGGCGCUGCUAGAGAAGCUCUCGGAGUCCUCUUACAAUCCCUCCGUGGAGCCUCAAGUCAGAAGAACCGGCACGGUAUGGACGGCGAUGGCGCACAUCAUCACGGCGGUGAUCGGGUCCGGCGUGCUGUCGCUGGCGUGGAGCGUGGCGCAGCUCGGCUGGGUCGGCGGUCCGGCGGCGAUCGUGUUCUUCGCCGGGGUGACCGUGGUGCAGUCCUCCCUCCUGGCCGACUGCUACAUUUCUCGCGACGAGGACGGGCACGGGGUCGUCGUCAGGAACAAGUCCUACGUGCAAGCCGUGAGACUCUACCUAGGUGAGAAGAGCCGCUUGUUUUGCGGUUUUUUCCUUAGCAUCAGCUUGUUUGGGAGCAGCGUGGUCUACACUCUCACAUCCGCCACUAGUAUGAGCGCGAUUCAGAAAGCGAACUGCUACCACACUGAAGGCCACGGCGCCCCGGCGUGCUCUGCCGCUGGCGGGGGAUCAGACGGGUACUACAUGGUCCUGUUCGGCCUCGCUCAAUUGGUGCUGUCGCAGAUACCGGACUUCCACAACAUGGCGUGGCUCUCCAUCUUCGCCGCCGUCAUGUCCUUCUCCUACUCCUUCAUUGGCUUCGGCCUCGGAGCUGCCAAAGUGAUCGAGAAUGGAGUGAUCAAGGGGGCAAUCGGAGGUAUUGCACUGGCAUCCACGACGCAGAAGGUGUGGCGCGUCGCCCAGGCCCUCGGGGACAUCGCCUUUGCCUACCCUUACUCCUUGGUGCUUCUGGAAAUAGAGGACACACUGAGGUCGCCACCGGCGGAGAGCGAGACGAUGAAGAAGGCGUCGAGGGCUAGCAUCGCGGUCACCACCUUCUUCUACCUCGGGUGUGGGUGCUUCGGCUACGCGGCGUUCGGCGACGCCACCCCGGGCAACCUCCUCACAGGCUUCGGCUUCUACGAGCCCUACUGGCUCAUCGACCUCGCCAACCUCUGCGUCGUCCUCCACCUCCUCGGCGGCUACCAGGUGUACAGCCAACCGGCAUUCGCGCUCGCGGAGCAGUGGUUCGGCGCCGAGGCAUCCUCCGUAAACGUGUUCAGGCUGUGCUACCGCACGGCGUAUGUUGCGGCGGCGACGGCGGUGGCCGUGUGGUUCCCCUAUUUCAACCAGGUGGUCGGCCUGAUCGGCGCCUUCAGCUUCUGGCCGCUGGCCAUCCACUUCCCCGUCGAGAUGUACCUCUCGCAGGCAAAGGUGGCUCCGUGGACCGCGCGGUGGCUCGCCAUCCGAGCCUUCAGUGCCGCCUGCCUGCUCGUCUGCGCCUUCGCCUCCCUCGGCUCCGCCGUGGGGGUGUUCGGCUCCAAGGAAAGCUAG